UGCUGCGACCAAUGUCUGGUGCUUUUUAUUAUGAGGCAUCUCUCUUAUUUGAUUUGUACUGACCAUGGUCAUUGCACACUAUGGAUUUUCCAAUUAUGUUUUAGUAUUUGGCAUCGUGACCACUUCAUGUAAGGAAGUUUUUCCUCACUGCAAUUUGAAGUCUGCUUCCUCCAUGGAGUCUGCUAUCUCGAUGGAUCAGCAACUACCAAGUUUAUGUAUUCUUAAGUUUGCUCUCUCGAUGGGAUGGUGUUGUAUUUCAUCCGAAGGAUCGCCCCCAGUGCUUGGAGCGACAAAUUUCCGGCGAAGUUUAUCCUCAUUACAUGCAGAAGUUGAAGCCUUCAUCUGGGCAAUGCGAUGUAUGAUUAGACAUGACUUCCGGGAUGUGGCUUUUCUUACCGACUGCUCCGACUUGGUGAAGAUGGUGUCUUCCCCAAUUGAUUGGCCAGCUUUUGCAACAUAUUUAGACGACAUUCGGAUCGACAAGGAGGAGUUUUCUUCUUUCUCUUUGAUUUAUGUUUCUCGUAAUGCUAAUGUACGAGCGGAUUCUUUAGCACGCCAAGCGCGUGUGUCUCCGCAUCAUGUUUUGUUUGUAGACAAUUUUCCUCCUAAUUGGCUCGUCUGAGUUGAUUCUUUUGUUGAAAAAAAAA